AUUUUUACAAGUAGUUUAUAAGUCAGAGAAAGUCAACAUAUGGGUACUCUAAAUCUGUAAUACAAACUUCUGGGCAUUGAUAGAUCCACAUCUAUGGCAUCUGUGGUAAAUUUUGAUCGAGAAAAAGAGUUGAAAGCUUUUGAUGAAACAAAAUCAGGUGUCAAAGGUCUUGUUGAUGCUGGGAUACUUAACAUUCCAGGAAUCUUCAUUAGGCCACCUGACGAGCUAUCUGAAGAAUUGAACUAUUCCAAUCUUCAAGUUCCAGUUAUAAAUCUUCAGGGCAUCGAAAAUUCGGAUACGCGAAAGCAAAUAGUUUCUCAAGUGCAGCAGGCAUCAGAGCAGUGGGGAUUCUUUCAAGUGCUGAACCAUGGAAUCCCUCAGCGUGUCACAGAGGGAAUGAUUGAUGGGGUACGUUUGUUUCACGAACAAGAUUUAGAGACAAAGAAACAAUUGUAUACUCAUGACUUUACGAGGAAAGUUAGAUUUAAUAGCAAUUAUGAUUUGUUUCAAUCGCGUUCUGCUAACUGGAGGGACACUCUGGCUCUCACAAUGAUGCCCUCUGAUCCACUUUGUGCUGAUGAUUUGCCCGAAUCAUGCAGAUUUACAUCAAUGGAGUACUUGAGUCAUAUUUUGGAGUUGGGAGAUACUCUAAUCGAGCUAUUUUCAGAGGCUCUAGGCCUUGAAGUUGAUCAUCUUAAAGCCAUGGAAUGCACUAAAGGCCACAACACAGUCUGUGGCCAUUACUAUCCAGCAUGUCCUCAGCCAGAGUUAACUACAGGAAUCAGGAAGCAUAGUGAUUCUACUUUCAUAACCAUUCUUCUUCAAGAUCAAAUCGGCGGACUCCAGAUACUGCACGGAGAUACAUGGGUUGAUGUUGAACCCAUUGCUGGAGCACUCGUGGUAAAUGUUGGAGACUUUCUACAGAUUGUAUCAAAUGAUAAGUUUAAAAGCGUAGUUCACAGAGCGCAAGUGAACAAAGCUGAGGCAAGAAUAUCCGUGCCAUGUUUUUUUCAUGGUUCCAUGGCUCAUUCGACUGAGUAUGGCCCUAUCAAGCAUUUGGUAUCGGAAGUAAAUCCUCCUGUUUAUAGAAGUUUUCAGGUAAAUGAUUACAUGAAGAAAUUCUUCUCCACCCGACUUGAUGGACAGGAAUUACGCAAUCUUUUCAAGAUUUGAAGCUAUACUAAAAAUCAGAACACGACUCAUAUGCUAAAGAAGUAUAUGAAUUUGUUUUUUUCUGCCUGUGGUUAAUCUCGGCAUUUUCAAUAUUUUUUUCUUAGUUGCUAUGCCUUAACAACACUCCAACAGGAGGCAAGAGUGUGUUGAAGUGCGGAAAAAAAAAAAAGCAAAAAUGUAGAGAGUCCGAGUUUUAUAAAGCAACCUGCUGCAGGAUGGGAGCUUUUGUACACCAAAGUUGACUUGUCGUAGAAUAAGAAAACCCUUUUUGA